AUGUGAAAAUGCAAAGUUCAUUCCAUGUUAAUGCUGGUGUUAGAUAUCACUGUUACAGGCAGCUUCAUUGCAAUGUCUGACUGCAUGUAUCAGGUUUGUCUAAUAAUCUACAGCCUGGAUGUGCUUGAGCAAAUCUACAUGACUGAAAGCAGGGAUCAUUGAGGAGAUGUUUCUGUUUCGAGAUAAAGGUCUGAUAGACUACGAGGAAUUACUACUCUCAGAGUCGUAUUCUUCUUUUACAUAUACGCUAUCUACUGACCUAAUUGUCUAGUCAGCUUGAGUUCAAGGAUGCCUGCUGUCAUCAACACUGUUUUGGAUGGAGACAACUUAGACAAGAUAUUGACAGAAUGUGGGAAACAAAACAGAGAAACAAAGAUACUUACCUGUUUUUCCAGGAUGUCUGAAGAAAGUGUAAAGAACUUUCCUCACACCAAACGUGUGGGAAAUUAUCUGGUUGGGAAAAUGAUCAACAAAGGAUCCUUUGCAAAAGUAAUGGAAGGAAUGCACAUACCUACAGGACAAAAGGUGGCUAUAAAAGUGAUUGACAAAAAGAAGGCCAAACAAGACUCGUAUGUGUUAAAGAACAUGAAGAGGGAGCCGCGGAUACACCAGAUGGUUAAACACCCAAACAUUGUGCAGCUUUAUGAAACCCUAGAGACAGAAAACUCUUAUUAUAUGGUAAUGGAACUGUGUGAAGGAGGAGACUUGAUGGAUAGAAUAUGUGAUAAAAAGAAGCUAGAAGAAAAAGAAGUAAGAAAAUAUGCAAGGCAGAUCAUGUCAGCAAUGGAGCACUUACAUCGCCAUGGAAUAGUUCAUAGGGACCUGAAAAUUGAAAAUUUCCUGUUAGAUGAAAAUGGCAACAUUAAAAUUGUUGAUUUGGGUUUAAGUAAUACCAUAAAGUGUGAAGGCCUGUCACAAGACCUACUUAACACUCAAUGUGGAAGUCCAGCAUAUGCGGCACCUGAACUAUUAUCCAAUAAAAAAUAUGGCCCAAAGGUGGAUGUCUGGUCCAUAGGAGUGAGCAUUUAUGCAAUGCUGACAGGAACACUUCCCUUUACUGUGGAGCCAUUUAAUAUUAAGCAGCUACAUCAGAAAAUGGUGAAUCUGGAAAUCAACCCGAUUCCACGUGGUGUUUCAACAGGUGCAAUUCGGUUCAUCCACACUCUUCUGGAGCCAGACCCUGACAAACGUCCAACUGUAAAGGAAGCCAUGGACAAUAAAUGGCUAAAUGAUGGGUUUAUGCGAAAACGUCUCAGUUCCAUGUCAUACAAAAAUCGGCUUCGUCCAGAUGAACUACAUUCUGCUGUUUUGAGCCACAUGGUCUCCACCAUGGAUAUUGAUAUCUCAAAAAUUACACAUCUGGUGGUAAACAACAAACCCUCACCAAUCAUGGCUUCAUAUUAUCUACUCCUUAAAAAGUGUCUGAAGAAGCCAAGUAAAUACUGGUUAUUUAAGGUAAAAUUGUAUUUUCAGCAUUACAGAUAUGUAAGAUAUUCUUCCUUCAAACACUUGGGUUUUUAUGGCUAG